AUAAAGAAUAUACUGUUUAAGCAAAUUCAGUCGCUACGUAAUCUUGUCAGCAGAACAAUGAAAGUGUCAAAUAAAAUCGAACUUUCUGUGUAAGACACAAAAUUUAGUUAAUUUUAAUUCAAAAAAAGUAUUAGAAGUUAGAUUAAGUGAUCCUAAAGUGAAGCAGAAGGUGUAUCAGCAAUAAAAGGAGGAUAGGAUUUAGGAAAAUCGGAUGAUUUGACCUGUCCGAGUCUGAAGGAGAAUUGAUAGCUGAUUCUAGCUGAGUCAAUUGAAUUGUUGGGAAUUUCUAAAAUCAGGGUUUUGCUCUUUUAAGCCUAUUUGAAGACUUUAUUGGUAUGAUUUCAGAUAAACCUCGAUCUCUCUGGUCUAUUGUAUUGCAAGCAUUAUGAUCAAUACAUCUUCUAAUUGACGUACCUGACGUCAGCCUAAAUGUUGAGUACCUCAAAUUAAUAAUAUCUCUUACAUUUAUUCUAUGCAUAACAUCCUGAUAUUGAUUUUGCAAUAGCGAAUAGGUGAAAUAGACUUCACAAUUUUGUUAUCUUAUCACUUGAAUGCUUGCUUGAUAACAUUCUAUGUGAGAGUUUUUCAGUGAAUCACAGGGCAGUCUUUGGAGAACCAUACAAUAUUGAGCAAGUGAAUUACGAAAGACUUCAUGAUGAAAGUUAUAAUUUUAAGUGUUAUCCUUUUUGUGGGCUGUUUAUCAGCAAAAGAAACCUGCCUAGAUUUAAAAACCUCGGACAAUGAAGCGAGUGAUCGGUGUCUCCAUUCAGGAGAAAAUUUGUCGCAGAAUGACUUGGAAAUACUUACAAUUAUAUGCAAGCUAGCACGAGGGAUUUUUCCUUUUCAACCUCGGAAGUCAAUAAGUAAAACUCAAAAAGAUUCUUGGAAUAGAUACAGUGGUGGACUUCCUCAUUUCCAAUUAAUGAUGAAUAAUCAGUACAAAUUCAACAUUGAUUUCAAUUUCCAAGACUGUGAAGAGGGAAUUAAAUCUCAAGCUGCUUAUUUUUUCUGGGCUCCCAAAUCCGAAGUCAAUGUUAGAAGUUACAAAGUUAUGGCACGCGAGUAUUCUAGAGAUGACACCGAUAGGAAUAACACGUCUAUUGGUAUCCUAGAAAAGAAAAUUGGCCAGAAUAUCACUUUUACACCAAGCCAUCGAAGUGAUUAUCUGAACCAGCCAAAAGAACCUCUAUCCUUUGAUUUUCUGGUAUUCAGACCACCCAUUAAACAAGUAUUCAACGUGACUAACGUGGAAUCUAGCGUUGAAACUAUCUUGGAACCUAAAAAAUACCUAAGCUACUUCUCCUACUACAAUCCUUCUGAGUACGAACAGGUGGUUGAGGUCUUUCUGGAUUCGAAAUACAGUGUUGCCUACAACUUUAAAGAGCACGAAUCGAUCUAUCUGGUACUAAUUGAAAUAAAUGACGAGGAUAACUAUAUCAAACGAACCAACAGAGCAUUCAAUGAAUUUGAAUCAGUUAGCAAGAAUGUCGCUUUUAAUAUCUCAAUUCCUGCGUACUCUGCUAUUACUGCUCGCAUCGUUGGAAAAGCGGUCUACGUAGAAUCUAACAUCUUGGCUACUAAUCGUGAUCAUUUUUCAGAAAGCGAAAGCGACGAACCUAUCUCAGAAGUUAAAGGAAUGAAAAAAGAGUUCUAUGUAACUGAUUUUCACUUGGAAGAUGUCCAAAUGCAUCACGCCUCAGAAGUUCUUGUGGUUAACUAUACAACAAUCUACGUAGCACUGCUGUGCUUGGGCGUAGUUCUCUUGGCAGGAUUAUUGGUUUUCAUCGUCAGGCUAGCCAUUAAGCGAUUCAGGACACCUGCUGUAGUUCCCUAUCAGUCUCUUGCAGCAGACUCUUAGAGGAAAGCUUAAUUUUUAAAUACACUCCAUUAUUGGAAUUACAUUUGAAAAUUACAAAAAUAAACUGAUUAGGUCGAUUAAGUGUAAACUUUUAAAAUUGAAUUUCACAAAAAUUAAGCAAAAUUAAACAAAACCAAAUAUCGAUAAACAAUUGUAUUGAAAAAGUUUUUUUUAAUAAAAAAGUUAUGAUUUA